AAUAAUUUGUAUUAUCUGUUUAUGUGUUAAAUUCUCACUUCUUCAUCGACAUGGAAGAUUUAUCGAACGUGGCUGAUUUACUGCCAACUUACUACGCGAGGUUAUUUCCCUUUCUCGAUUACUAUCGUUGGCUCAGUUACGGAAACGUGAGCGUAUUCACCCGCAGAGAGUUUUCGUUUACUCUACAAGACGAUGUUUACAUCCGGUAUCAAUCGUUCAAAGGCGCAAAAGACUUGGAACACGAAAUAAAACGGCUUCUACCCUUCAAAAUAGAUAUAGGGGCAGUGUACAAUUACUGCCCGAAGGAAAUGCGGGGGACCCCGAAUUUUCAGCCUGUCGAGAGAGAACUAGUAUUCGAUAUAGAUAUGACUGAUUAUGACGAAGUAAGAACAUGUUGCAGCGGUGCAGAUAUCUGUCCCAAGUGCUGGAAGUUUAUGUCUGUCGCCUGCAAAAUAUUAGACAAUGCUCUAAGACAGGAUUUUGGAUACAAGCAUAUUUUGUGGAUAUUCUCCGGCAGGAGAGGCAUACAUUGUUGGGUAUGCGAUCCUGGUGCACGUAGUCUGUCCAGUUACGAGCGUGGUGCAGUGGCAGAGUAUUUACAGAUCAUAGAAGGUGGAGAGUACAUGAAGAAAAAAGUGAAAUUAAAUCGCGAUGAAAUACACCCUUCUAUCAAACGUGCUCUUGAAACGAUAGAAGCUGUUUUCAUACCAUUUUGCGUAGAAGAGCAAAAUAUACUAGGAACCGAUGAAAGAGUGGAGAAGUUUCUGCAGAUAUUGUCUGAAGAAGAAGACAGACAAGAAUUGAAAGCACUGUUUAAUCAGUGCAAUUCCAGCAAAGAUAGAUGGCACCAGUUUGUUAAAUACGUUAAAAGCAAAAAGACAAUGGGUGACCAAAAGAGGCGAUUGUAUCGUCAUUUGGUAGAGGAAAUAAUGUUACAAUACGCGUAUCCAAGAUUGGACAUAAACGUCAGUAAAGGCAUGAAUCAUCUUUUGAAAUCCCCUUUUUGUAUCCAUCCGAAAACAGGCAAAGUUUGCAUACCAUUCACCGCGAACACGGUAGAUAAGUUUCAACCAGAUAAAGUACCGACAAUCGCAACGCUGAUCGAAGAAAUCAACGAGUACGAUCUGAAGGAUAAAGUCGAACAGAAGACAUACGAUUUGAACACAAAGAGAAUAAAAGACUACAAAAAGACAAGCCUGAAUAAAUCGCUCCGGCUUUUCCAGGAAUUUCUAUGGAAUUUAGAGAACGAUCGUAAAGGCCAGAAAAUUAUCGAAAGCGACGCGAAGAUGGAGUUCUAA